AUGGAGAGUAAGGAUGAGGUCAGCGACAGUGACAGCGGCAUCAUCCUGCAGUCUGGCCCCGACAGCCCUGUGUCCCCCAUGAAGGAGCUGACACAGGCUGUGCGCAAGAAGCAGAGGGCCCUUGAGGAGCGCCUGGAGGCCUGCCUGGAGGAGCUGCGGAGACUUUGCCUGAGGGAAGCGGAGCUGACCGGAGUGAUGCCCGCCGAGUAUCCCCUCAAACAAGGGGAAAAGGUCCCUAAGGUUCGUCGGCGCAUCGGAGCUGUCUACAAGCUGGACGAGAGUGCACUGCACAGAGAGGACCCCCUUGGUGGCCUGGAGCAGGAGCUGGCCCUGCAGCAGCAGAUCGCUGAGGCAGCACGGAGGCUAAGCCGGGAGGAGAGUCUGGGUCGCCAGGCACGGCGCCAACGCAAGCAGGUGGCGCUGCAGGAGGAGCGGAAACUGCGGGAGUUGCAAAGGCGUGUGGGCGAGCGGAGGCGCAACAGCGAGCCUGCUGAUCCCCGCCGCCCACCAACUACGGUCAGACUGUCUGGGCGGGAACUCAGUGCCUCAGACGAUAGCUCCCUGUCAGACGGGCUUCUCCUAGAGGAAGAGGAGCCAAAACCUCCCCCAGAGUCCCCAGCCCCGCCCUCUCGGCCUGUUCCACCCCAGAGCCUUGAGGGACUGCAGCUGGUGGGGUCUGAGCUGGGCAUCCUGGAGCGUGCCCCCAUCCAGAACCACCCCUGGAAGGAGAGUAGCCUGGACCAGCCCUAUGAGAAGCCCAGGAAGUGUUCAGAGCCCAGCAGCGAAUCCAGCAGCCCGGCCACUACCCCGCAGGACGGGCCCAAGCCUACCCAGCUGUGGCUGCUGGAACCACCUGCUGCCUACCAUGUGGUCCCUAGCAGUGGUGGCCCCGUGCAGCGACCUGGUCGCACCAGUGCCCCAGCCACCCCUGAGAUGCUGGACAGGAGGGGCCAGUCGCAGUCCCUGAGGAUAGAGUCUCUCCGGGCUGGUGCUGAGGGUCGGGGCCGCAGCGCCUUCCCACGCCGACGGCCCACACACUACACCGUGACAGUGCCCGACUCCUGCUUCCCGCAGGCCCAGCCCUCGCUGACCCCCGCCUGUCACUCCUGCUCGGAGGACAGUGGCUCAGAUGUGUCCAGCAUCUCACACCCUACAUCCCCCGGCAGCAGUAGCCCCGACAUCUCUUUCCUGCGGCCGCUGUCCCCACCUGAGCACCUGCGCCAGCGUGUGGCCUGGGGCCCAGCUGGCAGCCAUCACCCAAAACUGCUGCCCCCUGGGUACCUCCCGGCUGGGCGCUACAUGCUGGUGGCAGCCUCUGAGGGCCACCUGCUGGCCCCCAGUGACUGGGAGCUGGGCCGGGCUGCCCCAGGCUGGGUCUACGAGGAGGAGGCGGUGGCUGCAGGCCUGCAUUUCCGACGCCUGGUGCCGGCUCCAGGCCGCCUGGUGCGGACACCCUCACUAAAGGACACCCCCACUGCCCGGCUCAGCAAAGCUGCCGUGUCCAAAGAGCUGGAGUCCUGGCAUGAGAGGGCACGGCUCCGGAGUGCCCGGCCACACUCGUUGGACCGCCAAGGGGCCUUCCGCAUGCGAAGCCUGCCAAUAAGCCGAGCUCUGGGACCCCGAGCACAGGUGCCCGCCGUGUGUGUGCUGCGCAGAUCGCCCGACGGUGCCCCAGUGCAGGUCUUUGUGCCUGAGAAUGGAGAAAUCAUCAGCCAGGUGUGA